AUGCAGGGACUCGUAGUAUUCAUCGCUGUGCUAGCCUGCGCCGCCGCGGCUCCUGGCCUCCUGGUGGCCCACCAACCCGUGGUAGCCACGGUCCACGCCGCCCCUGUAGUCCACGCAGCAGUCCCAGUGGUGGCGUCUAAGACCACCAUCACCAAGAGCAGCCAACUUGUCAACCACGGAUCCCCAGUUGUCCACACAGUCCACACACCUAUCGUAGCUGCUGUCCCCGUGGUUAAGACCUCAGUAGUUCACGCUGCCCCAAUUGUUCACUCUGCCCCAAUCAUCCACGCUGCCCCGGUGGUCCACGCUGCCCCAGUUGUCAUCAAGACCGCCCCGGCCGCGAUCGCGCACAGCAGCUCAAUCGUUCAUCACGCCCCAAUCAAAACCAUCCCUCUUGUUGCCGUCCACUAA